UUGGUCAAGGAUAUAACAUCUUAUUUUCUUUGCUGCUUUGAGACGAUAUUACCUAUCUACAUUUAAAAGAGAGCAAGUGACAUAUCAGAUUAUUUUGUGGUGGACAAAUAAGUGAAUUUCGCGCCGCCGGGAAAUACCUAUACUACAUAUUAUAUACGUUAAGGAUAUUUUAUUUCUAUUUUUAAACUUUUUAUUCAAAGUGUUGUCUUGUUGCAAAGUGGUUUUGUGGUUUUGAUAAAAUAUUAAAAAGAAAAUAUUAAGAAUACAAAUUGUGACAUAAGUGUGAUUUGAAGUGAAAAACAAGAAUUUUUUAAAGGAAACAAAUUCUAAGACACCACCAGUUCUUUGCCCUUAGGAUUCUUCAAGGAUGCAGUACAACAGCUUUGGGAUGAUGAUGUGCAAUAGGAAGACUUUGCUCAAGCUGUGCGUCUUCCUUUGCAUGCUUUUCAGUGCAGUUCAACCACAAAAUACUGACGAUGGCACCAUAUCUCCAUGCGAACUGGAAUCGAUAAUCAAUCAGUUGACAAAUCCCAGUCCCGAAUAUCAAUUACACGUCUCUGCCCUACGAAGCCAAUUGAAGAACCUCAUUAAGAGCAGCCAGACCCCGACAACUAAUCAACUGAACCUCGACGACUACGACUUUACGGAGGAUGACAAACGUUCCAUUGCAUCGUUGGCCUCAGUUGGACAAGGCUACAUGAAUCGUCCCUACAUGCCGAAGCGUGGUCUGGCAACCUUGGCCAAGAACGGACAACUCCCGACUCCCGAACCCGACGAAUCAGACCACCAGAACAAUCGAUGGCAGAACAAAAGGUACCUCGGAUCAUUGGUUCGCGGUGGUGGAGUCCGAUACAAUGGCAAACGUAAUAUCGGUGCUCUGGCUAGGGACUAUCAGCUUCCAUCGAAUGGCAAACGGAAUCUUGCCACAAUGGCACGAUUGGGAUUACUUUCACCUGGAAACAUGGCUUACAACCCAAAGCGUAAUUUAGCCUCUUUGGCCAGGUAUAAUUCUGGGUUUCGUGGUGGUGCGGCCGAGAAGCGAAAUCUUGGAGCUCUAAAGGGAUCCCCAGUACAUGGCAACCACCAAAAGAAGGACACCACCGAACAGCAGGAAGCCCUUGCCGAUUUGAUUCAACGCGACAUAAUGGACUACGCCGAACAACCAAAUGAAUUGUAUCCCUCUUAUGAUGAUUACUCAGUCGAUAACAUGGAAAAACGUUUUUUAGCGACAGGACUCAGUCAAUUGGAAUCAAUUGACAGUGAUGAUGAUGCGGCAGAAGUUGAUGAUUCUGCAUCCUCCUCCGAGCAAUCUGUAUCUUCGGCCUCGUCCUCGGCGUCGUCAUCAUCAUCAUCCUUGUCAUCGUCAUCGUCAUCGUCAUCGGCAGCUUCUUCACCAUCACAAUUAUCAUCAUUAUCAUCAACCACAAUGACUGUGCCAAUAUCAACAGAUAAAAGACACAUAGGAGCCUUGGCACGCUCAGGAUGGUUGCCAGCAGGAUUCCGUUCCGUUCGAAGCGGUCGUUUUAGUCGUUCCGGACGAGCCAGGCAAAUAGUCGAGUACUACCCCCAACCAGAGCUUCUUCGACAACCAACCGCAGCCGUUUGUAGACGAUGUUACUUACCCUAUAAGCCAAUUGUGAGUUGGGGUGGCCAUGGAUAUCAAACAACAACAUGGGGCACUCCACCACGCAUAACUCAAUAUAGAAGAAGUUUUCGACAGCCCGCGACAUACAGAUUUUAAAAAAACUCAAUUAAAAAAUCCAAAAAAAAAAUAUCUAAGCAAACCUAUGCAUAUACAUAAAAUAUAUCUUAAACCUAACAACAAAAUAUGAACUGACUUCAGAUGAUAAAUGACAUGAAAAUCAAUAUGAAACAUAAAAAUAUUAAAAAUAUUGUAAAUUAUUUUUAGGAUUAGUUAUUAAGAUUUUAAUUUAGAAAAGAAGCAGAAAAGAAGUAUUAUGGCAAAAAUAUUGAAAUGUUUACAAUUCAUUCGAUCACUAUUAUAUGCAUGUGAGUAUAUAAAAUAUAUGUGUGUUGUAUUAUGUAUAACAAACGGACAAUAAAUUAUAAAAUUAAUAAAAGUUAAAAUAAAACAAUAACAAAAACUAAGAAAAUAUAUCAUGGAACGAACCAUAUCAAGACAAUAAAGUUACAAUUUUUGAAAUUUCUUUAAAGUAGCCAUGACUAAGUUUAUUUUGUUUUUGUUAAUUAAUAGUUUAAUUCUCAUGACAAUAAAUACAUUUUUAA